CUAUCGCAGAAAAACAUGAGUAAUUAACGAUUUUAACAACUAUAAAUGAAUAUCGUUAUCUGUGUGGGAGUGGGCGACAGUUUGGGGUAAAAAAAUUGUUAAAUAUAUCACGCUCUGUACGACACUUUGGUGCCGUUGGCUGCACCACCACCACCAGUCCACCACGGCCCACAAGAGGACGGAGGGAGGAGGAAGGAACCGAGGGGGAGGUGCGAGCAUCACUUGGCACUUGCACAGCGGGCGGCGGUCAGCGGGUGCUCAGCAGCAAGAGUCCUCGUUCAUGCCUUAAACUGACCACCACUAGGAGACUUACUGGAUAGAGACUCACUCAGCACUGCCAUCACCUUCCAAGUCUUCAAAAACACAACAGCAACGGCUAGAUCCAGCCAACUGCACACAAACGGCCAUUAGCAAUCUGCAACUGUGGGACUCUAAAGGCUGUGGUUCCAUGGCCUACCCAGCCCCCUGAAACACUGAAGCAGAAGAAGGUCUGACCCGAGGGAGUGAGCUGUUCUAGAGGCUGUGGUCAGUGCCGAGCGAAGUCAUUCCUUCCUGAACCAAGACCAAGACCAGGCUACAACAGCUAGUUUGCUUAGAAAACCAUUGACGGAUGAGCUGUCUGGUGUGUACAAACAAAGGGAGAUCACGGAGAGAGAGUUGAGACGCGCACGUUUCACAGCCACACCGGUCUUAAAAAGAACAUCCUGAAGGAAGCCUUGAGGUUUGAGCCAGGACCAGCAGAUGGACUCCCUGCAACAGGUGUGCAAGCAGGAGGCUGCAGGGCAGGACAGCAGCAUGAGUUGUCAGGACCAGCAGAUGGACUCCCUGCAACAGGUGUGCAAGCAGGAGGCUGCAGGGCAGGACAGCAGCAUGAGUUGUCAGGACAUGCAGGAGCAGAAUGUUGCAGGUGGCAGUUGGGUCAGUUGUGACCAGCAGCAGCCUGCUGCUGAGAAUAUAAGACCCAGAAAAGAAGGGAAGUUUAUGUGUCUAGACUGUGGAAAAAUAUUAACCUCGAGAACUGGCCUCAUCAGCCACACCCUUGCACACACUGGUGUGAGAAACUUUGAGUGCAAUGAGUGUGGAAGAAAGUUCAACCAGAAGAGUCACCUCACCAAACACAGCUUUACACACACUGCUGUGAAAAACUUUGAAUGUAAGGAAUGUGGGAAAAAAUUCACUCAUAACAGUAAACUCACCAGACACAUCCAGACACACACUGGGGAAGGAAACUGUGGUGUGGAGUGUAUAAACUAUGAAUGUGUGGAUUGUGGAAAAAAGUUUGCCUAUAAAAGUCAGCUGACCAAUCAUGCCCUGACACACGGCGGUGUGAGAAACUUUGAAUGUGGAGAAUGUGGAAAAACCUUCAUCCGAAAGAGUCACCUCACCAAACACACCUUAGCACACACCGGUGAAAAGAAACAUGAAUGUAAGGAAUGUGGGAAGAAAUUCAUGCAGACGAGUCACCUCUCUACCCAUGCUCUUACUCACAGUGGUGUAAAAAAAUAUGAAUGUUACCACUGUGAGAAGAGAUUCAUCCAGAAGAAUGACCUCACCAGACACAUGUAUAUACACACUGGUGCCAGAAACUAUGAAUGUUUGGUAUGUGGAAAAACAUUCAUCCAGAAGAGUCACCUUACUAUGCACCACAUUACACACACUGGUGAAAAAAAAUAUGAGUGUUUGGAAUGCGGAAAAAGGUUCAUCCAGAAGAAUGACCUCACCAGACACAUGUUUACUCAUGCUGGUGUAAAAAACUUUGAAUGUUUACAAUGCGGGAAAAAAUUCAUCCAGAAGAGUCACCUCACCAGUCACACUCUUACACACACUGGUAUAAAAAACUAUGAGUGUUUGGAAUGUGGAAAAAAAUUUAUCCAUAAGAGUGACCUCAACAAACACACCUUGACACAUGAGGGUGUAAAAAAAUAUGAAUGCUUGGAAUGUGGAAAGAAGUUCACCCAGAAGAGUCACCUUGCCAGCCACAGCCACACACACAGCGUGGCAGUACUGGGAACGUAAGGAAUGUGGGAAAUAAAUCAUCCAGGAGUCACUUCACCAGACACACCCUUACGCACACAGUGUAAGAAACUAUGAAUAAAAGAAUGUGGUAAAAAAUAAUCCAUGAGUCACAUCAUCACUCCACCCUUACAAACACUUCUGGAAACUGUGUGGAAUGUGGAACCAACCAGAAGUGUAAGUUUGCCAGUCACACCCUUAGACACACUGCUGUAAAAAACUAUGAAAGGAAUGUGUAAAGAAUAUAGUUUGGUUUGGGCACUGACAAUGACUGUGUGGGACUGUUGAACUGGUGUUGUGUCCCCUAACCACAGAUAAGGGGGACAGGUGUAUAAUGAAUUAGCUACACCUUUGCAAGAGGGUGUGAAGCAAGCAGUUGGAUGCCAUACAACAUAUUAGAGUAACUAGUAUAUGUAUUAAAAACAAUGGACCAGUGGACUGUCAUGUACUUCAGUUAUCACUUUAUCAUCCGAAUAGUGUUACUUCUCCGAUUUCAUGUGUAUGAAAAUUAGUUCAUCAAAGUUAGAGAUAAUUGUACCUCAUUCAGGGCUGUUACAACCCACCCCACUGUGACUCGAGACAUCGCCAAGGGUCAGUAUCCUCGGACGUUUCCACCUCCCACAUCAACCAUUUCCAAAGGCCAAAAAGGAGACCAAUCAGGUUUUCAUGAGUUUUUUUCACAUUCAUGGUAUGAGAUUAAACUACCCCUGGAAAUGCCCAAAACUCCUACAAAACCUUGUCAAAUGUGAGGUUUGAGAAUAUGGUCCGAGACAGCUACCACUGACUGUUUUAGGAGGGGUAAAAUUUCUGUGAUACUGAACUGACAUCAUCGUGCCAGGCGUUAAAACUCAGUGUGAUAAACCCAUUAACCCCUUCUGUACAAUGUCGCCUGUGUCGACGUCACGAAGCCUCUGCAUUCACGAUGAUGCCCGCAGGUUUACCAUUUAAGUAACAUGCAACAGGUUUGUCAUCUUCAGAAAACUGUUGUGAAUAAGUAAACUAUAUGCUGAAGCUUGUUACAUUGUAGUUAAUAGUUUGUUUGUUUUUUCUAAAAUUGAUGUAGCUGUUUUAUAAUGUACUUUGCAUGAAAAAUAUUACCGUCAUUAAUGUAAUUAAUAUAUUUACAAUUAAUGGAAGUGUUGACCAGGAAAACUGAAUUGCUUGAAACUAGAUUCUAGCAACUUGUAGCUGUAAUUCUGUAAUUACUUUUAUACACACACACACACACACACACACACACACACACACACACACACACACACACACACACACCUCCUACUUGAUUCUACACACUUCCCUCCACCUCACCCCCUCCCUCACCUCCCACAGUCACAUGAUAACUCAUUGUAUUGUAUUCUUAGCUGAAAGUUUGUCAAGCAGUAAAUAUACCAAUUACUA